GUGAUGCAGGUGUUGGUAAUGGUGACAGAUGUAGUGACAGUGCUCAGGCGUGGUGAUGCUGGAGGUGGUGCAGCGAUAGUGAUUCGGUGAGGGGUGUAGGUGGAGAUGAUGUUGGUGAUAUAAUAACACAAGGAUGACAGUGAAUGUGAUGGUGGUAGUGUGUUGGUGUUGUGACGGUGGCUGUGGAGGUGAUACAGGUGGUGCUGUGACGGUGGAGGCGGCGGUGAUGUAGGUGGCUGUGGCAGUGAGGUAGUGCUGUAGCGGUGACUGUUCCUGAUGGUGGUGGCGGCGGUGAUGCAGAUGGCUGUGGCGGUGAAACAGGUGGUACUGUGACGGUGACUGUUCCUGAUGGUAUUGGCGGCGGAGAUGCAGGUGGCGGUGGUGACGGUGGUGUGGCUGUGGUGCGUGAUGGACUGGUGCAGCAGGUCACGGCAGACACUUGGCGGAGGUGCCAGGGAGACACAAGGCCAGCCAACGCUCCCCACUCGCCCACAAGGACACUCAGAGUGAACCUCCAACCCCAGCGAUGGCGAGCUCCACGCUGAGCCUUAUCUACAGCAACAGACCGCAGCGGCUGACCCAGGUUGUGGCGACGCUGAUCGUGGCCCUGGGACCACUGGCGACGGGUCUGGGAAAAGGCUACUCUUCCCCUGCCCUCGCCUCCAUGCAGCUGCCCGCCCCCACCAACAGCACGCAGUCUUACUACUUCACCAUCACCCCGGAGCAAGGAUCCUGGAUCGCGUCACUGUCUCUACUCGGCGCCUUCUUCGGCGGCAUUCCCAGUGGCCUGGCGAUGCGACUUGGCAGGAAAAGUGUCCUAGCGAUGGUGGCCCUCCCCUUCGCUCUGUCGUGGCUUCUGACGGUAUUCGCUUCCAGCGUGUACAUGGUGUACGCCUCCUCCUUCAUGUGUGGCAUCUGCUCGGCGAUCGUGUCUCUGGUCACGCCUGUGUACAUCAGCGAGAUCGCCCAUCCGGAGAUCCGCGGAUGCCUCUGCUCAGUGGCUAAACUGACUACCAACGUGGGGAUGCUGAUGUCCUUCCUGUUGGGUGUGUACCUCGACUGGCGCCAGCUGGCCAUGGUGGCGUCCAUCGCCCCGGCACUGCUCUUCCUGGCACUCAUGCUCAUCCCCGAGACGCCGAGCUACCUGUUGUAUCGCGGCCGUGAGGAUGACGCCGCCACCUCGCUGACGUGGCUGCGAGGAGGCCUGGACGUGACCCAGGAGCUGGACACCAUGAAGGCCAACAUAGAGGUCAUGCGUAAGGACUCUGAGGUCACAUGCUACAGGGAGUGGCGCCGUGACCUGGUCAAGCCUGUCCUCAUCACCUGUGGCCUCAUGGUGUUCCAGAAGUUCAGCGGCGCCAACGCCUUCAACUUCUACGCAGUGCCGAUCCUGAGCGAGGCCUUCGUGGGCAUCAACCCCUACAGCGCCGCCGUGGUGGUGGGUCUGCUGCAGAUCCUCGCCGGUAUGGUGUCUUCCGUGCUGAUCGACACUGUAGGUCGCCUGCCCCUGCUGAUCGUCUCAAACCUCCUCAUGUCCACGGCACUGGCGGGCUUCGGAACCUUCCUGUACGUGACAGGAAGCGACAAUGGAGUGGACGCUGGCGCCCGCAUGGACUGGAUCCCUCUCACCUGCGCGCUCAUCUUCCAGGUGGCCUUUGCUUUGGGUAUCUCGCCCAUCUCCUGGAUUUACAUCGGCGAGCUGUUCCCGUUGAAGCACCGCGGACUUGGCGCCAUUGCAAAUUCCGUGAGUUACGCGUGUUCCUUUGCCAGCGUGAAGACUUUCGUCGACUUCCAGUUGCUGCUAGGACUGUACGGGGCCUUCUGGCUAUACGCGGGGAUCUCCAUUAUCGGUCUGGUAUUCACAGUGUCCUUAGUACCGGAGACUAAAGGGCGCGGUCUUCAGGAGAUGGAGACAAACUAUCAGACUCAGGAGAAGUACUCUCCGAUGUAUAGCGAACAGGAAAGGGAGAACAAGUUGAUACCUUAGGUCUAUCUAUCGUGUGUGUGUUCAGGCGGAAUGUGCCUUUGCAUUUCAGGUCCCAAGCAGGCCCUGAGUGGCCCUGCUAGGGUGCAUCACAAAGUGUCCUUCGUAGAGGGCAUGGGGGCGUGGGUUUGGGUAGGUGGAGAGCCUGAGUUGUGCUGUGGUACAAAGACGAAUGAUAACGAUGGUGUCGCAGAACCACUAAUCAUCUACCUGCCCAGCGCCUCCCACGCCCCGCUGCCCCAACCUGUCCUGCGUGUGUGCGUAUACGUGCAGUGUAUGCAUAGAGAUGUGUACAGUUUUGGUAUACAUGAGUAGGAGAGAGUUUGUGAUUAUGUGUACGUCUAUGUUUGUGUAGACAAUUUAGUAUACUCAUUUUGUUCCUUUAUCCGUGAAAUGAUGAAGAAUGAUUUUUUAUUUUCUUAAAAGCAACCCGUUUUUUGACGGGUGUAAGACAAUUAUUUGUAAUGUAUAGCUGUGUGUGUGUGUGUGUGUGUGUGUGUGUGUGUGUGUGUGUGUGUGUGUGUCAUUAUGUAUGUAAAUAAUGUAUAUAUUUACCAAAGCAAUGAUAAGAUUGUGUUAAUUUAUUAGACAGUAUUGCUAGUCUGUACAAAGAUGAACCGCUUUUCUACUAUAUUUCUUUAAAGUCUUUGUAAUGAUGCUUGAACAAAAAAUAAGACCGAUGUACAAAGUUUGA